CCCCUUCCUGUCCUUGCCUGGUUUGAGCUGUCGCGAGAGUUCGUCGGCCGAACGCCGGAAGUGCCCUGUAGCUCCGUAACCGCCGAAGGGGCGGGCUCGAGAGCUGAAGGAGCCUACCUUACUAACGGCUUUCUCGGCGGUGCAAGAUGGCGGACAUCUCCCUGGACGAGCUCAUCCGGAAGCGCGGGGCUGCGACGAAGGGGCGGCUUAAUGCCAGACCUGGAGUUGGAGGUAUCCGAUCUCGUGUCGGGAUCCAGCAGAGCCUUCUCAGCCAGCCUGCUCGCACAGCCACCUUCCAGCAGAGGUUUGAUGCCCGGCAGAAGAUUGGCCUCUCAGAUGCCCGGCUCAAGCUGGGAGUCAAGGAUGCUCGAGAAAAGCUUUUGCAGAAAGAUGCCCGGUUCCGGAUCAAAGGAAAAGUGCAGGAUGCCAGAGAGAUGCUGAACUCCCGCAAGCAGCAGAGCGCAGCGCCCCAGAAGCCCCGCCAGGUGGCCGACGCCCGGGAAAAGAUCAGCUUGAAGCGGAAUUCACCGGCAACCUUCAUGAGCCCAGCCAUCGGGACAGUGAGUCCUGCUCUGAAGCUCACUAAAACCAUACAGGUUCCACAGCAGAAGACCACGGCCCCACUGCAUUCUCAUCCUGCAGGAAUGAAGAUCAAUGUCAUCAAUAACCACCAAGCCAAACAGAAUUUAUAUGACCUAGAUGAAGACGAUGAUAUAGCUCCCAUUCCUAAUAAACAGAUGAAAUUUACAGCCUCGGGUGGCUUUCUCCACCACAUGGCUGGCCUGAGCAGUUCUAAACUUUCCAUGUCCAAGGCCCUCCCUCUCACCAAGGUGGUUCAGAAUGAUGCAUACACAGCGCCUGUCGUCCCCGCCUCUGUUCGAACAAAAGCCUUGACCAGCAUGUCGCGGACACUAGUGAACAAGGAGGAGCCCCCUAAAGAGCUGCCGCCUGCUGAGCCUGUUCUGAGCCCUUUGGAAGGAACCAAGAUGACCGUGAAUAAUCUGCACCCUCGAGUCACGGAGGAGGACAUUGUUGAGCUUUUCUGUGUGUGUGGAGCCCUCAAGCGGGCUCGGCUGGUCCAUCCUGGGGUAGCAGAGGUGGUCUUUGUGAAGAAGGAUGAUGCCAUCACCGCAUAUAAAAAGUAUAACAACCGGUGUCUGGAUGGGCAGCCAAUGAAGUGCAACCUUCACAUGAAUGGGAAUGUUAUCACCUCAGACCAACCCAUCCUGCUACGGCUGAGUGACAGCCCCUCAGUGAAGAAGGAGAGUGAGCUGCCGCGCAGGGUGAAUCCUGCCGCCUCAUCCGGCCCUCCUGCUGAAGUGGACCCCGACACCAUCCUAAAGGCACUCUUCAAGUCCUCAGGGGCCUCUGUGACCACACAGCCCACAGAGUUCAAAAUCAAACUUUGAGCGGGGGAGUGAGGCAGCCAGAAGCAGGGGCGGGGGAGGGUGGCUUGGUUUCCCAAAGCAAAGCUUGUGACCAAUGGGCCGUUGGACUGGAGGCCCCUGAGCGUGGGAAGGCUCGCCAGGGGUGGGGAGCUCCCUCCCUGGGUGCUCCCUCCCCCCCGUAUUGUGUUCUGCCCUCUGCUCUUCUGUAUGUUAACAGUUCCUGUAGUAUGUUUGUUUCUUCUCCCUCCGUCUCAUCACCAAGGUAGGCUUGUGUUGCUCAGAGUGUCCCCCUAACCUUAGCCCCAGAGUGAUCUCUUGUCUGGAGUGGUUCCCUGAAUUCUCUGGGCGGCUUUCUCGCGGCACUGCAGAAUGCAAGGCAGGGGCUAUUUGAAGGAUGCUGCUUUCUCCAGGUGGGGAGUGGUUGCUUCCCUUCCUUUUUUUAAAACUUUUCACACAAAGCAGGAAAUGGAAUCCCCUGCCAUCCAAAUGGGGGCUGCAUUAGCUCAAGAGCUUUGCUAUUUAACUGCCUGGUCAGUGGAAAUGGCCUGGAUGGGGAUCCAGUCACAGGCCCCUUGUCCUCUUGUCUGAUCUGGAAAGGGCCCUGUGGGAAGGGUGGGUGAGGCUGCUGCCCUGCCAGGAAGAGGGCACGCCUGCCAGUCCAUGCCAUUCACAUUACCCUUUCCCUUGAGCUAUACCGAGGGCCCCACCCCAGAUCUAAUGGCCACCUGGGUGUCACUGCUGCAAGAGACUUGUGUUGUUAGCCCUCCCAGUUCUCACUCAGCACAGCACUCGCCACACCCUGGUUUGGGUGUAAAUGCCAGCUCUCUACUUGGGUUCUUCAAACUGUCUGCCUUCCGUUCUGUGAUACAGUAGGUCUGGGGGCAUAUUUGAACGGGAGACAGGCUUGCUCCUCGGUCUUCAUUUCUGGCCUCAUGUCUGCAGGACAGUAGUCAGAGAUGCUGAGACAUACAUCCAGCUGCCACCAGGGGGUACUGGCCCCACUAUUGUGAGUGUCCAUGACCAGAGUGGUAUUUUCCUGCUGUGGCAAUGCGAGGAGGGAGUUAAGAGAGCAGAGCAGCCCUUCUGGGCAAGCUGCUAGGUUCCCUCAGUAUGGUUCCAGGCAGUUGGGGCCAAGCUGUAGAACCCAGGGGCACCCCUGAAUACCAGGACAGUGUUGCUCCAGCGUCAUUCUCGGUCUCCUGCUGGUUUUGGGGGGCUAUAAAGGGAAUCCAGGCUGGCAGAGCCGGAGCAAUUUGGGCAGCAAGAGUCUGGGAGCUCUACAGUCAGUAGUAGGUGCUCUGAAAGGCACAAACCCAGAAAGUAAGGAGGACCUGAGACACAGCCUUUCACGACCUGUGUGGGGCCAGCCCAGUGAGGACAAGCCUGGAAACAUGUUUCCACAGAGUUACGUCUGUCAAUCAGGAAGGACCCAGGGUUUGAAGACAGCCCAGUCCUGGGAUGUCUAAGGAAUGUGCCUGAUGGUGCUCCACUCUCCAGUUCUUUAAAGAAUGCUGCUUUUGUUCCCUUCUGCUCCUUUGAACAGGUGCAAACUUAAUUCUUCUCAGCAGCUGGAAGACAUUCCUCCUAUACUUUACCCUUCUUGGCCCAAGAGAGCACCCAUAGACAGUAGGACCUGGUUUUCUCAGGUACUAUGGACAGUCAGAUCACUGCUUGGGACUUUGCUUCAAGUAGGGAUGGUAAAACAGCCUGACUGCAUGGCUUUAUCCUCCCUUCCCAUUCCCCUUAUCCCACACCAGGCUGCUCUGGCUAUCACAGUUUCACUGAGCCCAGCUGCAGCCACCUGACUAUCUGGACCCUGCCCUCUGGAUAGCCAUAUGGUACAUGGCAGGGUAGAGCCUGUAUGCCUCCCCCGCUCUACAGGAUGUUAUCGUGGAAGAGGGAAGAGAAGGUGGUGGGCCAAUCCUUGUUCCCUCUACCUACCACUUCCCUACAUUCCCCAUUUGUGUCUUGUUCAAAAGGAGAAGAGGAGGCUUGAAGGGAUGAAGGCGGCUAUGUGUUACUUACCCAUUUCUGAAUAAACGUUUGUUAUUCCUA